AUGAAAUGUGCUGAAAGAGAAAGCAAUAUUUUACAGCAGAGUUGUGCUGUAAAUUCGAAGCAAUCGGUUUGUGGAUUUUCGACUCCAAUGGAAUUUUUGAACUGGAUUAGGAAGAGUCCCUCAUAUUCUACUGUUGAAUUAGCCGGCAAAAAUAGUAACGCUGCAUGGCACCACCGCCGCCUCCUCCUCCACCCCCUAUACACCCACCCCCGUCGAUUUUAUCAUCUAGCUGGCGGUCAUCAGCCAAUAAUAACGGAAAAGCACGUACUUCCAUAUCUCCGACGGCCAAGUCUCCCGUUGCCUGGCUGGACGCUGAGACACUACAGCACGCUGCCGCUAAUUUACGCAAGACCGAGCACAGUCGAUCGGUAUGGCUCGACAGCGAAAAUCUAUCCAAUGGACGAUUGGACAGAAAGGAUCAACAAUUGUCUGGACGAUAUUGGUCGAACAGCACGCUCAAUGAAUCGGUGGACGCAAAUCAAGCCAGAAAACCGGUACAAUUUUAGUUUAGUUUCUUGA